UCCACCUUUACUCAAUUCUUCAUCCUCUGUACUGUUCCCCUGGUCGCACUUUCACUCACUGGUCUGCUGUUGCUCGGGAAAUGGACGGCGGUGAUGGAAAGAUGAGCAAUCUCGAAUUGGAAAAUCUUCAACUGAUUGAUAUUUCAUCAGAAGAUGAUUUUCUUGUUGCUUCUUUUUCCGGCGACGCCUUCGAAGACCUUCGGUUUUCAGUGGAUGGAACAGUAAAUUGGGAGAAUGGAAAUAAGAAAGAUGGUAUUAAGCUGUUUGAGACUAGAAGCCAUACAGAACUAGCGAAUGAAGUAGGUGUAAUUGGGCAAAUCGACCAGGAACCCUCAGUUUCUGAAUCUAUGGAACCCGAGAGAUCAAGUGUAAGUGGUUUGCGGAGAAGUUUAGCAUGGGAUAGCAUCUUCUUCACAAGUCCAGGAGUUCUGGACCCUGAGGAGCUCUCUAGUCUGACUGGAGGAUUCAAGAAGGAUGAAACCCACCUACUACCUGGCAUUCUAGAAGAUCUACAUAGAGUAAUCAAGCCAAACAUUAUGUUAGAUUGUGAUGCCUUUUCUCUUGAAAGCCUCGAGGUUGAUUUACUUGAAGAUAUAAGAGCUUCCAUUCAGAAUUCCAGUGAAGCUCUUGAUCUGUUUGAAAACAUAAGAGCAUCCAUCCAUAAAUACAGUGGAGCAUUCCGUGUGGCGAGUUUUGGCCUUGAAUCAGAAUUGGUAGGCAUGCAGAAUGUCAACUCCUCCAAGAAGUUGAAUGUUACUUCCCCAAAUAGGAUGAGCAAAUCAGCUUCCAGAAGGCAAGGUGUUAACAUGCGAGGUUCAGGGAGAAGUAACAAGGAAGUUUCUGCUCAUCCACCAGCUGCUCAGAACAACAGCAUAAGUGCAGGUUUGCAGUCUCUCAAGCCAUUGAAGAUACCAGACCAGACUAAACCAAUGUUAAAAGCACAAACUAAAAAGGCUUCAUCCACCACAAAUCAUGUUCAAAUGGACAAUAAAGCUGCAGGGGCUGCGUCUGAGAGAUGUCUGAUGGUGUCCAAGAAACCCAACAUUGAAGAUUCAUGCAGCACUUUCCUUGGUUCCACAUCAUCUUCCGAAUCAUCUUCAUUUGCUUCCACUACCACUACUGAUUCAACAGUUUCUCGCUCUACCCGUAACAAAUGUGGAAGUGCUUCACCGGUUGAAUCAUCUUCAAGAGUUAGAAGAAGAAAGACCGACUCCAGAAAUGAUAAAAUUGCCGUGUCUGAUACAAAACUUAAAAUUCCUGUGAGAUAUUCAACAACAAAUAAAAGAGAGUUGGGAAAUUCAAAUCUAUCGACGAAUUUAUUGGCCAUGUCUACUCUUUCCUCAUGCACAUCACCUGCGAGCUCCCUUGAUGGGGGCUCCUCAGAAUCAUCAUUGUCGGUUUCUACUGUCGCCAAAACAUGCACAAAUUCAAAGGUGAGAGUGAAUGAUACUGCUUCUGGAGGGGAAUAUCCAGGUAGUAAAUCAAAAGAAUUGCACUGCCAAUCCUAUGUUAGACAAGAAAAUCAGGAAACACCAUUUCCUAAUCAAACUGCCAGAAAGGCUACAACAGGAACUAGUCCUGCUGCAAGAGACAAUACAAAAGAUUUUAAACAUUCUGGUCUUCGGAAGCCAUCACCAAAGAUUGGGUUUUUUGAUCAGGAAAAAUUCAUGGCAUCAGCCCUAAAUGGGCGUCUGCAGUCUGGAGUGCAGAGUGCUUUGCCCAAAAUAAAAACUGGCAUCAAGAACCUCAUUGGAGCUGCAAAAACCAGGCCUGGGAAGCUGAAACCAUCUACAUCUAGGACUUUACCAGAGAUUCAGAAUAUGAUGCUAGAUUCUCAGAAAACAGGGGCAACGCAUUCUGCUGUUCCAGAAAUGUAUGGCAUUAGGAGAAAUUGUACUGAGUUUAUUGACCCAACUUCAGCAGUUCAGACUAAAUCAAUUUCCAUGGACAGAGAAAGGUGCUUGACCACCAGGAGAACAAGCACCGGAGGAUGUGAAGAAGCUGAACCUGUCUUGGAACCUAGCAUGCAAUUGGAAGAGAAAAGGGCUCAAGGAAUUUUGAAGAAUAAAUCAGGCAUGGGGAGCAAGAGGUGGGCCGGCCUCAGGGCGAACAAGAUUAGCACAAUAAAAGAUGAAACCAGUUUCCUUGGCAAUAACAUAAAACCAUUCGAAACAGACCAUGGAAAUGUCAGCCAGCAGUGUCUUGAGAAUGAUCGGCAUCUACUCAAGAGAGAGGGAAAGGAUAAUGUACAUGAUUUUGACGAUGAAUUCAGCUGUUUAAGCAGACAAGUUGAAGCCAUUAAUUUCCAUGUGGAUGCAGUUACAGAACUCAAGGGAAAGAAGGCUCAUUGUCCUUCCCAGUUUGGCACUAAGGGCACUGGAAAUUGUAGCCCAUCUAUAUGUCCAUCACUCUCCCAUAAGCAACUUCUUGACCAGAAGCAAGACUCACCAAAAAAUCUUUCAAAGUUCAGUUUGCACUCUUUUGCCUCGAGUGUCGAGCGCAUACCCAGCACAAGAACUCCUCUGGCAGACAAAGAUUCUUUCUGCAAUAUACGUGAAGGAAAGGAGAAUCUGCAAUAUAUGUGAAGGAAAGGCAGUAAAGGCAUUAGCCUUUUCCUUUCCAGAAGGCACUGUGAUUGAGAAAAGCUGAUCCUUUGCACAGCUUGCAUUUGUUGGGAACUCAAGGGAGAAGAUUGUUCUAGGCUCAUGUGUUAACACGCCAUUGCGAGUACACCCGCUAGAGUGGGGAAGAAAAGAAAAAAAAGUUCUCUUUGAGCAAGUAGAGUUCUUCGCGGCUUAUGUAAUUUUCUCUGCAGUUUACUCAGUAAAAUUUAGUUAUGGAUGCCAAGGGCGGGGCAGGUGGGUGCACUCUUCUCGAGCCAAAUUCAUCAUCAAAUCAUGAUCAAGAUAGACGGUGCUUUGGAUUGGGAUUGAAGCUCCUUUCUACAAAAUUGGCAAGCAUUGUUUGUGAAGGAUAUUGCUUAGAAUUUCCUUUCAAGUUGAAAAAAUCAUCCAAUGCCUUGGCUUAUGCUUGGAUAUGCCAUGGUAAGAUUGAAAUGGCAUGCUGAGCUAUAUUUUACAGUCACUUUAUUCAAAACAGUGGAGAUUCUAUCUUUAAUGAGAAUUCUGAAUACACGUGAAAAAGUGUUAAUGUUUUU